AUGGGCGAAGACGGCGUCAAGAAGAUCCGCUCCAGAAAGGCGGGUCCCCAAUCCCCACCCACGGUGGUCUGUACCGCCAGUGGUCCUCAUUCCAACAAUGUCGAACUGGGCUUGGUCAUUUCCUUGCUGAUACUGACGGUCUAUGUGUUUGGCUUUUACGAAUCGGUCGUUUCGGUUCCCGAUGUGGGUGUCAAGAGUGUGUUAUCGUCCAAGAGCUGGUAUCGACAUUUGGGAGAAAACCUCAAUGUGGCACGCAGUGAAUUCACGACGGUGGUCAGCAAGAAUAAUAAUCCAGUCAACAACAACAAUAAUAACAAUCAAGCUCCAGCCAAUAACAAUAACAACAACAACAACAAUCAAGGAGGAAUCUCUCGUAUGGACAUGGUCGCAGGACAAGAGAAUAAACCACAACAACAGCACCAACAACAGCCUCCUCCACCAGCCAAUAACAACAACAAGGGCUUUGGCAAACUCAACAUGCCCUAUGGUCUCCCCGAAGAUCAAAUUGUCAUUCCUCCUCACAAAUGGCCCGUUUCGAUAAGAGACGAAGUCGACAAUACCGAACCACUCUUGCAUUCCGGGGACAAAAAGACGGUCAUGACAGUCCCCAAACUCUGGUCGCUCCCCGUGCACAAUUACAAAUUAAUGUCCCGCGAAAAAGCCCUGCAAAUUGGAUCUUGUGCCGAACCCGAUGAAAACGGCAAUGUCGCUCGGGGUGAAGCCUGUCCGCUCGAUCAGAGAACUAUUUUUGUCGCCAUUGCAUCCUAUCGCGAUUUUGAAUGUCGGACUACCGUCGAAUCCAUCUUUUUAAGAGCCAAAAAUCCCAAACGAAUUCGAGUCGGUGUCGUCGAUCAAAUUUCCCACGGAGAAGAUCCCAUUUGCAAUGAACCCGUCAAGGAUUGUGCCACAGAUCCCAAUCAGGCACUCUGCUUGUACGUCGAUCAAGUCGAUGUCUACGAAAUGGAGGCCGCGCUGUCCAUUGGACCCGUCUUUGCUCGGCAUAUUGGAUCGCGCUUGUAUCGGGGCGAGUACUAUGCCACCCAGAGUGAUGCCCACGUUACCUACACGACUGACUGGGAUGCCGAUAUCAUUGAUCAAAUGGAACAAACGCAUAAUGAAAUGGCGGUACUGUCCACCUAUUUGACCGAUGUGCAGGGGUCCAUUGAUGAAACCACGGGACGAUCCCUUCGCAAUACACGUCCCAUCAUGUGCAAUACCGUCUACGAGGGCGGACCCCAAGGCAUGCAUUUACGACAUGCCAGUCAACCCGAACGAAUGCCCAGUAUUCAUGGGGCACCGCAGUUGCAACCGUGGUGGGCCGCCGGAUAUUCCUUUUCGCGAGGACAUUUUGUCGUCAAUGUGCCGUACGACCCGUAUCAACCCAUGAUUUUCCAAGGAGAAGAAAUGAGUAUUGGACUUCGUGGCUACACCAUGGGGUACGAUUUCUAUGCCCCAGAACGAAGUGUGUGCUUCCAUCACUAUGCCGUCGGUAAGAAUGCCGCCAUUCGAAACAAGGUCAAGCAUUUCUGGGAGAAUGGAGACCGAUACGUUGGUGUGGGAAAGAAGGGCAUGGCACGAUUGUUGGGAAUCGUUCACAUGAAUCCAGAAAAACCACUGGAUAGCUGGGAUCACUUGGAAGAGGAUAUUUACGGCAUUGGAGGUGUGCGAACGCCCGAAAAGUUUUACGAGACCUUUGGAAUUGAUGUAGUCGCCAAGACUGUGGAGGGGCAUCUUUGUACGUUUGUGGAUGAUAGUGGCAAGAUGCACAAGCAAUUUGUGCCCUUUUUGCGACCCGAUGGUAUGGGAAUUGAUUACACCAAGACGGACUAUCGAUUCAAAGAUCCCUGGCCUCAAAAACAGUAAAAGACGUCGAGAGGGGUGCUGUACCAGUAGGCGGCAACCCACAACCCAAACGCGUUUAUAUACCGUAGUGUCUGUGUGUAUCAUAACAAGUAGAUCAAUCUUUGCA